GUUGAUGACAACUCAACUUCCGCCUUAGAUGAAUCUGUUCCUCUUUCUGACUUGAACGUCAAACAAGUGAGUUGUGUUUUAUUUUGUGCUGCUCUCGUUUCGUGUCCAGCGGACUUAAAACAAUGCGUUACGUGGCUGCAUACCUUUUAGCCGUCCUGGGCGGAAAUGCCUCCCCGGCGAACGCUGACAUCGAGAAGAUCCUCAGCUCGGUCGGUAUCGAAGCGGAUUCGGCCCGCGUCACCAAGGUGGUCAGCGAGCUGAAGGGUAAAUCGGUGGAUGAACUGAUCGCUUCCGGCCGCGAGAAACUGUCCUCGAUGCCAGCUGGUGGAGCUGCUCCGGCUGCCGGUGGUGCCGCCGCUGGUCCUGCUGCUGCCGCUCCGGCCGAGGAGAAGAAGGAGGAGAAGAAGGAGGAAUCCGAGUCCGAGGAUGACGACAUGGGAUUCGGUCUCUUUGAAUAAAAGAUUCCACCACAUGACGAAGGAUGUAACGAAUACCAUUCGUUUGGAAGGGUACAUUUAUUUCUGUGAAAUAAAUAUGGCAAGAAAAUAAAGAAUCGUGAAA